AUGGUGUUGGUCUUAUUCAGGUUAGCAGAAGCAACCAGAGGCAUCAAGAUCACCCGCAAAGAGCUUCUCAAAGUCAAUGUUGGGAUAACAUGUGGGGACAUUCUGGACUAUGUGACAGCUCAGGUUCCUCCACUGCAGCCGACCCUCCCGAGGCCUCGCUUCUCCCUCUACCUGUCCUCUCAGCUGCAGUACGGGGUGGUCGUGGUCUACCACCGGCAGUGUGGCUACUUGCUGGCGGAGAUUCAACAGACCAUAGAACGCCUGCUGCGCUCUAAAAGAUGCACUUACAUUGACAUGACUGAGUCUGACAGGUUGGCCUUGGAUGUGCCUGAAAACCUGUAUAUUAUGGAGGAGAUGGAGGGAGCUCAGGACCCUUUCUUCGGCCUCAUGGCAUCACACCAACUGCCCAGCCCCUAUAAAACACACCAGCAAAUGUGUGUGAAUGGAGAGGCAGCUUCACAGCACUCCCUGCUGACCAGUCCCGACGCCACACUGGACCAUCAGGGGUUCAGGUCACCUCCGGCUGCCAUCUCCCUGAAGGAGAAGGAGCCGUUUGUCAUCCCGACUGCUGAGAAUUUCGAGGGAGACGACCUUCCUGAAGUCACAGCCAGAGAGUUGGACUUGUUGUUGGAUCAACCAGACCAGUUCCAUAGAGACACGGAGAGGCAGACAGGCGACCAGACUAAUGCACGUGAGGGAGGCAUGUCCCCUUUGGAUCAGCUGAAGGAGACGCUGCUGAGAGCAGAGCAGAGCAGUUUGUGGCUGCUGGACCAGGAGGCGGGACACCUUGAGGACGCUCCUCUGUCAUCUAUUUCCCGAGAGAUGACCCCUCCGCAGGUUGCCAUGCCAACUCCACCCUCUGGGGAAGAGGGGACAGAAAGUUCUUGUACAAGGUCUGAGGUAUUGCUGGAUUUUCCCUCCGUGACAAAGCGUGCCCCUCCUGCCCAGCUCUUCAGCGCCCCCUGUGGAGCCCUCGUCAAUGCUGACCUCCUGUCACUAUGGAAACAGUGUGCCUUGCUCACCUCCCUGCCUGGACUCUGGGGAGGAGAGGAGGAGGAGGAGAGGGCGAGAGGGGGGUCAGAGCAGGACAGAGAAAUACUGAGGACAGAGAGGAAGAGGAGGCAAUCGAGCAUGAGAGAGAUAUCCAGUGAGUCAGGACUGCAACCCGCCGACGGCUCAUCUGCAUCAGAUGUGUUGAUGGACAUGUCACGGGACGACAGAUCCAUCACCGAUGUGAUCACUCCCGUCAGCAGAUGGUCUCCACAUAUGGAGUCCCAGCUACAAAUGGAGCCAAUAGCAGAGGAGAACAUCGAGAUGCCCGAGGCUCAGACUGACACAGAGAGCAGGGACAUGCUGAGCUGGAUCUCCUCCGGACUGCAAAGAUUUGGAGAAGUUACUUUUGACUCUCUGGUGUCCCGAGAGGCCAACCGCGCCACUGCAGCUCACACACUCUACAAACUGCUGGAGCUGCUGUCUGCUGGACAUGUGACCAUAAAACAGACUGAGCCCUACAGUGGCAUCACCAUAAGCCCUGCAGCCUGAACACACACACCACACAGCACACACACACACUCACACACACACAUACUCACACACACAGUUGUUACUCGACCUGCUGAGGAACAGUUUUUUAUAUUGAUGGAUGUAAUGAAUGAAUGAGAACCUUUGGCUUUCGGUAACACAUGAGAUCAUCAGAGCCACUCAUGAUAGCGUUCAUUUAAAAAAACACAUCACACAAGUUAAAUGUUUUUAUAUUAAUUGUUAAAAUACUCAUAAGGGUGAAACAUUGAACUGCAUUAUUUCCUUUUCACUGGUGUUUUUAAAAAGAUAUUUUUAACCAUUUUAAUCUGGUUUUAAUUGUUCACAUGGUUGUAUUUAAAGAUAUGUAUACCAACUGAAUGUAUUAGUGUUACUAAAUGAAUUGUAUCUAUUGUUGUUGAAGUUUUUAACAUCUGAACAUGUUAUACAGUUUGUAAAUUCUGAAUGGAUUUUUAACUUUUUUAAUGAUUUGAAAUUAAGCCUUUAUGCAUUUUGUAUUUGCUCUGUGAAUUAUAUUUACUAAUUACUUAAUAACAAAUAUUUUUUAAGAUGUUGAAUUGUUUUUCCACAUUCAGACCUAAUAAACUUUUGCAGUUUUUGAGAAAAUUACUUAAUUCUUUCAUGUUCUAUAUGAUGUUGUCAUCUUAU